AUGAUCUGUCUAUCCGUUGAAAACGGCCUUCGAGCUUUACUGGGGGCUUUCCUAUUAAGCUGUACAUUCCUUACUACUUCCUAUAACACCACAUUUGCUUUUGUAGAUCACCCCCUCCACACAGCCGCCCUGGUCUGCCUUCUCUCGGGGAUCUCUCUUUUGAUUCUGAACAGAUUCGUCCACCGAAUACCGGCCCUAUCUCGUCCUGACAAAUAUUCCACUAUUCCACUCACUGAGAUUGAUGAUUCGACAGUUGAAGUACACUCGCCUGUUAGUAACGAUGACGAUUCUGCGAAGGACAAACGUACGUGGAAGUGGUGGUUAGGGAUUGGAGUUAUCACAGCAAUUGGCUGUGCUCGGCUUUCACUUUAUCGCAAUAUCACCGAGAACAUCGAAUGCGCGCCUCCUGGAUAUGCUUACUUGAUCCCGCUAUAUAUCGCAGUUUACGACUUCUGGCGCAAUCAAGGAGCCACUAAAAAGUACACGCGGCCAGACCAUUCUCCCAGCACCCUGCUUCGCAUGCCGUUCACGAUAGCUAGUCGCGUUCGUUUUCUCGUCAUACAAAGCCGUCUACGAUACGUCAUAUCUGCUGCCCUUUUAGCAGCGAGCGGCGUCCUAGUUUCAUCAUUCGAUAAUGGUCGAGAGUCCACAUUUAUCUGCCCUAUAAUUUCGGGAGAACAUGCGCGGCAACGGAUGCUCAAGAUACUCAGCCUCGUCUUUGACACAUUGGUUUUGAUAGGCGCAGCCGAGCUAUCUGGCGAAGGAACUCGUCGAGAUGGGAGGAGGAAGCAGACCUUACUAGCCUGGGGGUGUGGUCUUGUCGGAGUUGCUUUAUUUUGGGGGGCUUGGGCCAUCCACUCAAGGCGUACUGCCGGACCUGACGGACCUGGCACUCUUGUCACCUCGCUUUACCUCGGAAGUGCAUGGAGUCAGGUUGCUUUGAUUACAUUCAUAAUAGUGUCUGCAUCUCAGCUGUUCCCGCAUUAUGGCGCGGUCGGACUUUGCAUAUUGGCAGGAUCUAUAGUGAAUUACUUUGAACUAAUAUCGGCAGUAUUCAAUGGGCAAGAGUCUUUCCCUCCAAUACCCGCGUCUCAAGCUCUUUUAGCACUUUCCUUGGUUUGCCUUGGAGGGUUAAUAUUUUUGCUAUCCAGGAUAGCAUCUGAUGACGAACCACUAUUUUUACAUCGCCUCAACCUAGUUUCACGAUUUGUAUUCUUUAUCAUGUUUGGAACAGGGUUAUUUUUGAUCUCCAAACGAUCGAAUGUGGUCCACACACAUCCGAUAGAGUCGCUCAUACAGGAAGCCGGAAAGAACCAUGACAUGUGGCUGAAGACAGCUAAGGGGAGCAGUAAUCUGGCAGAAGCUGUUCAGCAAUACCGGACAAAAUAUAAUCAGUACCCACCGCCGGGCUUUGAUAAGUGGUACGACUAUGCCGUAAGCAGAUCUUCGGUAACGAUUGACGAAUUUGAUGAUAUAUAUACGAACCUUCUGCCUUUUCGGGCCUUAGAACCCGAAGAGAUUCGAACUAUGACUCAAAGGCUAGCGACAAAUCCGUUUAACGGAAUCGGUGCUUUGAGUAUUCGCAAUGGCACCGUCAGGCUGCAAGAGGGAAUUCGGCCAACACAUGCCUGGAUGGUUCAAAGCGCGGGCAAAAUGAUUGAAAAGUUUUCCAAGUACCUCCCCGACAUGGAUUUGGCUUUCAACCUGGACGAUGAGCCCCGUGUUAUAGCACCUUGGGAAAAAGUAGAGGAGCUCCGGAGACGGGCAAGAAUGCAGAAGCAGCCUCCCGAAGAUAAGAUUUCGGGCAAGUGGUCAGUGGAACGCAAUGCAACUUGGGACCCCAUGGAGCCGGCCGACCAAACCCCAGAGGCUAUGUUUAUCGAGCGUUCGCUCCAGAGAGCAUUUGAUCCUUAUAUCGCACCUUCUUGCCCGCCGGGGUCGAUGGCGCGGUCCCGGCGAGUUUGGGACAAACGACAUUUAUGCAUGGAAUGCAUUCGCCCACAUUCAAAGGGUCAAUUUCCAACAGGCUGGGGUAUUGCAUCCGAUAUCUGUCACCAGCCUGAUCUCGCUACGCUGCAUGGUCUUUUCAUUUCUCCCGCCUCGUUCAAAAUCACGCAGGAACUGGUGCCCGUUUUCAGUCAGAGUUCCACAUCGGGUUUCAACGAUAUCAUAUUUCCAAGCCCUUGGAACUACGUUGAUAAGAUAACUUACACGCCUUCGGAUGAGCAUCCUGAUCAUAAAUAUACCGAUAAAGAGAACAUUCUAUUUUGGAUCGGAGGCACAUCAGAAGGCGUAAGCCACGAGGGGGGGUGGAAAGGAAUGCCACGACAGCGCCUCGCGCACGUAGUCAAUAAUAACACAUAUAACCACGUCUCAGUUCUUCUUCCUGCAGAUGAACCAAACAAAUACGCCUACCAGGUCUUUGACGGCCGUGCGCCUACACAGGAACUCGGUUUGAACACGUCCGUCAGCAUCACCGACCCGAUAGUGCGCUGCCGGGAUAAUGACUGCGCCGACCAAACGGACGAACUACACACAAGCGGCCGGGUCGACUUCCAAGAUCAUUGGCAAUAUCGCUACCUUUUCGACUCUGACGGCGCCGGCUUCAGUGGCCGCUUCCUUCCUUUCUUGCAGAGCCAUAGCCUGCCCUUCAAAACGGGCUUAUUCAGACAAUGGUUCGAUUCCCGCAUCACGCCGUGGCUACACUACGUCCCGAUCGAUAUCCGCCUACACGGAUUAUGGAGCACAAUGGCCUACUUCGCUGGUGUGGAUGCCACCGCUAACGGGAAGAAGAUUGAGAUGAAACGCCAUGAUACCCAGGGAGUAUUGAUUGCCGAGGAAGGCCGUAAAUGGGCUGAAAAGGCCCUGCGAAAGGAAGACAUGGAGAUAUAUUUCUUCCGGCUCCUUCUAGAAUGGGGGAGACUGACUGAUGAUCGGCGAGAUUUGCUGGGAUUCAAGCUCCCCUCUUGA